AAUCUCCUACCCGGUGCGGCCGAUAACAAAUCUAUUUCUGUUGGACCAAACUACUCUUUCCACUCCUUUCAAUUUCAAAAAAUGCACAAAUCCACGAUAGCAGCAACGAACCCUAACCCUAGGAAUUAUAUCCCAAAAUUCACGUAAAAUGUACCAAUCGCAGCAACAAUUGCAACAAUCUUCAUUCGCAUACCUUUCUCAUUCCUCAAAUCCCACCCCCAAUCCUGUAUUAUUAUAUCCUCAACCACCAACUGUUCCCUAUGAGCCAUUUUUGUACCCUCCAGGAACCGACCCGUAUGCCUAUAAGCCUCAGUUAACCCAUGUUGCUGUUGAAGCGCAAGCUGAAAUUUAUGAGGACCCAAAUGGAGCUUCUCAGAGUUGGAUCACUAGACAGGCUGGUCCUAUUAGAUAUGAUGCUACUUUGUCAGUAGCAGCUUCGAAUUCCAACAAUGGGUCAAAUCAGUCAUUGGUUAAUAAUGUAAUAAGCGCAUCAAAUCAAACUGCACUGAUUCAACCAAUGCGAUGUGAGGUUUGCAACAUUGAAUGCCAAACAAAAGAUGUUUACGAGAAGCACAUUACUGGAAAGAAGCAUCGGAGGAAAUUGCAAGAAAAGAUUAGUUCCUCAACUGCAAUACUCCCAGAAUCUUCCAAUACAAUGAUAUAUGGGGCUUCCUGUGUGGCAAAUGCUGAGGAGCUGGAGAGGAAGAAGCAAAAGCUUUUAGAUUCUGGGGCAGCUGUUAACUCUGUUCGGAUGUGCACGAUAUGCAAUGUUGCUUGUAAUAGCCAUGAAGUGUUUGUUAAACAUCUUUCCGGGAGGAGACAUGCAGCUCAGGCUGGACUUAUAGCUGUUGAUGGGGUUGGACCUUAUCUUGCUGCAGUUCGAGCUAAUGAUCAGUUUUGGAAUAAAGGCAAGAAGACAUCUAAGGUUGUUCAAUCUUCGUGGUGUGAAGUUUGUGAAAUCAACUGUAACAGCGGCGAUGCCUAUGCACAACACUUGUCCGGGAAGAAACACCUGAAAAAGCUGGAGAAUUUAGAAAAAUCAAAGAAAGGAACCUCUGAUCCUUCCAUAGGUGCACCGGCUGAAAUGAAUCAGAUGAUUAAACCAGUAGAAAACCCAGCAGCAAGCAGUAGCGACGGAGGAGUUAGUGUACAGAACCCAGUGGCAGCACAGCCUGAGGCAUCCAAGGAGGAUUUGGAGACUAAGAAACUGAAAGUCAUGGAAGGUGGAACGGCUGCUGCUGAUGUUAGAGUAUGCACUAUCUGCAACGUUGUAUGCAAUAGUGAAAAGGUCUUCAAAUACCAUCUUACUGGGCAGAAGCAUGCCGCCAUGGUAAAGAAGCAAGCGGCUACCACUAGUUAAAAUGAGAACCGCCACAAAAGGACAUAGAUGGAGAAUCAAUGCAUGGAAAAUUUUUAUUGAUUGUUGUGGUUGUCAAUCCGAUUUGAAUGUGGCAUCCUUACCUUGACUUGGUCUAUUGUUGGAAUAGAACACUUUGUCUGCUGUAAAUCCUCUAUUUGCUCAUAAAUGAAGAAGUUUUUGGUGCAAUGAAA